CCUCGCCUAGAGGGUAAAGGGCAAAGUCUGCUGAUGUGUUGGGUAGCGCACACUUACAAUAUUUACUGAUAUUAAUAUUAUUAUUAUUAGUAGUAGUAGUAGUGUUGUUAUUAUCUCCGUGUAUGAACCCAGUUCCCGAGGAGGUCUUGCAGAACCCGCUAUAAUGGCAGUCUGGGGUCUGCGCACGGAAGGGUGAGCAGGUGUGAUCACCGCAGCUGAUUGACAGGAGCAGCGAUGGCUGUUGCAGACCAGGACUGCGAGAGGCGUUUCCAGGCUGCCGUCAGUGUGGUGCACAGCCUGCCCAAGAACGGACUCUACCAGCCGUCCCACAAGGUCAUGCUGCGAUUCUACAGCUUCUAUAAGCAGGCCACCUGCGGCCCCUGCACAGCCCCCCGGCCGGGGUUCUGGGACCCCAUCGGCCGCUACAAGAGGGACGCCUGGAAGCGGCUGGGAGACACGAGCAGGGAGGGGGCGAUGAGGGAGUACGUGGAGGAGAUGAAGAGAGUGGCACAGGAGGUCAUCGACACUGUGCCCAUGAAUGAGAAGACAGCCUCCAUGUUCCAUCACUUCCAGCCUCUCUACCGCGUGAUCCACGACAUGCCCAGGCCUCCAGACACUCUCCUCCAGCAGAUCGGGGACGGAGGGGCGGAGUUUAACCAGGAGAGUAACCAUGUGACCAGCGACUCGGAAAGCGAGGUGUUCUGUGACUCCAUGGAGCAGCUCGACCCCGACAAGCAGGGGGAGCCCUGGAAUAAUUCUUCAGCAUCAGAGCUCCAGAGCCCUCUCAACCCUGUCGCCGUGGCAACACAGGCAGGGGCGGGCCAAGGCGGAGAGAGGACGGGCCAAGGAGAGGGAGAGCUGGGGAGGAAGAAGGGCGCUUUGCGGGAUGGACGGCAGAGUCACUGGAGUGAGAGACAGCGACUGAGCUCAGGGAGCUUGGCCAGGGAUGAGAGGGGCAUUGCAGGAGCAGGGGGAGGAGGACCUGAGAGAGGACACUGCGGCGCUCUUGAGCAGCAGAUCACCCUGGCGCUGCGGAGGCUGCAGGAGGACAUGCACUGCGCCAAGGACAGGCUGCAUGCACUGGAGCAGAGAGCUGACAUGCAGCAGGGCCCCUCCUGGUGGCUGCCUGCUCUUUCUGGACGCUCCCUCCUCUUCCUUCUGAUCUGGCCUUUCCUGACUCAGUGGAUGACUCACCUCCUCCGACGUGGGUACAAGAAGGUGCAGCAAGCCGCAUGAGAGGAGAACCUAGCCCAGCCCAGCCCAGCCAGCAGCCCAGCCCAGCCCAGCCCAGCCCAGCCCAGCCCAGCCCAGCCCAGCCCAGCCCA